UUCGUGCUAUAGGAAGCACAGACAGUCCACCUUACACCACCGACGAACCGUCUUACGGUUGCCGUCCAUACGAAUGGCGAUGCUAUUACAACGGUCAGUGCAUCCCAGACUACCAAAGAUGCGACGGUUACUCCAACUGCUACUACGGGGAAGAUGAAUUCAACUGUCACGGAAGCACACCCUACGCCACACAAGGACCACCUUACGGCUGCAAUCCAUACGAAUGGCGAUGCAAUCAUACCGGUCAGUGUAUCCCAGACUACCAAAUAUGUGACGGAUACUCCAACUGCUACUACGGGGAAGAUGAAAGCGAUUGUAAUGUUUUAGUUCGCCUUGUGGGUGGUAGCUCCUCCAAGGAAGGUCGCGUUGAGGUGUAUUACCAAGGUCAGUGGGGGACGGUUUGUGACGAUCAUUGGGACGUUGCUGACGCUAACGUCGUCUGUCGCAUGCUUGGCUUACCACCUGCAACCGUUGCCUGGGUUUUGGCCCACUUUGGCCAAGGAUCUGGUCCGAUUGCUCUCGAUGAUGUCAACUGCCGAGGCAACGAAUCCAGUAUAGCUGAAUGUCAACAUAGAGGCUGGUUUAGACACAAUUGCGUACAUAGAGAAGAUGCGGGAGUUACUUGCGGCCAAGGAAAUGGUGGGUACUACACAGAAGGCCCACCUUACACCACCGAAGAACUCCCUCACGGAUGCAAUCCAUACGAAUGGCGAUGCAAUCACACCGGUCAGUGUAUCCCAGACUACCAAAGAUGUGACGGAUACUCUAACUGCUACUACGGGGAAGAUGAAAGCGAUUGUAAUGUUUCAGUUCGCCUUGUGGGUGGUAGCUCCUACAGGGAAGGUCGCGUUGAGAUGUACAACAAUGGUCGCUGGGGGACGGUUUGUGACGAUUAUUGGGACAUUCGUGACGCUAACGUCGUAUGCCGUAUGCUUGGCCUACCACCUGCAACCAUUGCCUGGACAAAUGCUUACUUCGGUCGAGGAUCUGGUGCCAUUGCUCUUGACGAUGUCAACUGCCGAGGCAGUGAAAUCAUUAUAUCUGACUGUCAACACAGAGGCUGGUUUAGCCACAACUGCGGACAUUCCGAAGAUGCGGGAGUAACUUGCGGCCAAGGAACUGUGAGCACAGACAUUCCACCUUACACAACCGACGAACCCUCUUACGGCUGCAGUCCAUACGAAUGGCGAUGCUAUUACAACGAUCAGUGUAUUCCAAACUACCAGAGAUGCGACGGAUACCCCAACUGCUACUACGGGGAAGAUGAAUUCAACUGUCAUGCAAGCUCAGACAGUCCACCUUACACCACCGAAGAACCGUCUUACGGUUGCCGUCCAUACGAAUGGCGAUGCUAUUACAACGGUCAGUGUAUUCCAAACUACCAACGAUGCGACGGAUACCGUGACUGCUGCUACGGGGAAGACGAAAAUGGCUGCAGCUGUGCUUCCCAGAGCAAAAAGGACAAAGCUAAGCUGGACGCCCAACUUGAGCAGCUUUUGUGAAAGAGACGCCAGACGGGUCAAGAUUAGAUCCUGAAAGAAAACACAAGUUCCGGACCAGAACCUCACCAGGAAAUGAAACUGACCAAUGGCAAAGAAGAGGACUCCUAUGUCCAGUCGAUUGAACUUAGCAUUAGUUAUAAAGCAGUUAGUUCUUUCACUUUUGACUCUUGAAUAUGUUCUUAAAUUUAAUGUUCCAAGCCUUCAAUUAGGGUUAUAGAUUUCAGUUGAUCUACUCCAAAUUCUCUUCUAUUCAAACAUCGAGAGGUACAAUAGACAACUGUUUGUGUGGAAUACAUUGCCCAAUAAUUUGGAAGACAUUAAUGCAAAUCCUGCCUUUCAUCGUGAAGUGAAGCGACGCGUGUGCGUGGGUUCGGGGGUACGUGAGCCCUGAGCCCACGUUGGAUGAGGUGUUAUUCUCCAGUGAGAGACAGCCGGUCAAUCAAAGUUGAUGAUGCUUGAUCUUGGGUUUAUUGAUUUCCAGCCGUAACAAAAGCCCAGUCAGCACAAAAUCCAGUUGUGACAAAAUCCAGUUGUGACAAAAUCUUGAAUAAAAACAACAUGUAUCACGUGCACACAGUCAUUAUCUGUGAUUGAUAUAAUCAUAUAUGAUCCAAUUUAUAAUUUAUGAAGAAAAUCUCACGGUUCAAGGAUGUGGCCCAACAUUAAAACCACCCAGCACUUCGCCCCAAUCUCUGGAUUAAUUACAUGUACUUGUUGUGCAGCAUGCACUCAAGUGUUCAGCAAUAUGACAUUAAAUUUUAGCGUGAAUAAAUAUGACAAUAAUGGCAGCACCAAGAGAGUAAUUGUCUGCAAAUAAAACCCAUAACAAUCGAAAUGUGCAACGUUCUUUGUGCAGUUGUGUAUCCCAUUGACAGCUUGGAAAAGCACGCACAAACCGUAAGCCCUGGGUCAGGGGUCACAGCGGAAAAGUACCUCAGUUCAUGUCGCAUACACGCGCCGGUCUCCCCAUGCCGUACUACAUGCACGUGCAAUGAAUGACACAGGAAACAGGUGAGAAAAGGAACGUGACUGAAGUCGCUGGCAAAAAGUAAAAUGUCCCCAAUUUUCACACAAAACAAAAUAUAUGGCAUUCAUGGAGGGAUCACCAAAAUACCCAGUGUCCACCUGCAAGUAGGAGAUACCUACUUUUGCUUUCCAAAUGAGGACACAAAAAAGAAGGAGGGGAUAGAGUUUCCAGCCCAGUUGGUAGAGGAAUCCGUCGACCCAGGCUUAAAGGAAACAAAUUCCAUCCAUCAGCAGGCAAAUGUUUUGUGAAAUUUAGACUCUUUAAAAGGUAGAUAACAUAAAAGUAUCAAACGCAAAAAGUGACGCAUAUUUAAAAAAUCCCGACAUAAAACAAUCAUGUACUACUUGGCAAACUCGGGUAAAUGUUCAUUUGUUUGAGCUUAUUUGUUUUCAGUAAGAUAUCUUUAUCUGCAGGUUUGUUCCGUAAAUUGUUGGAAUUAUAUCCCAAAUUUUUUGCUAACUUCUAGAAUGUCUGCAUUUAGUUUCCUUAAACGAGGAAAUAAUCAAUAAGGUUGAAUGAUGAGGGGCUUUCAUUCACUUGAACAGAAAGGAAAUCAAUCACCGACUGUCUACAUAUCUGUGAUCUUUAGAACCACGGCGUGUUCCCAAAACGGUUCAAGUUAUAAGUCGCGGCAGAUAGCAUUUCCUGCCUAAAGACUGUUUGCUAUAACUUGUUGCAGGGCACGUUUUGUAACAAUUCAUUAAUAACAGGGAAAGUACUCUGAUCAAUAUAUAAUUGGCGUAAUAUUAUUAUUAUUGACGAGUAGUGUCUUUCUGCAUAGCAUGAAUUCCGAUGUGCCAUUUUGUGGUCCAUGGUCCACUUUUUGUUUUCCUUUGUAGAAAUAAAAAGAUAGCUUAAAGCGCGA